AUGCGUUCCCGUCGCCGGCGACGUUCUCGCCGAACCCGCAGCUCGAUCGCCGAACCCGCAGCUCGAUCGCCGAACCCGCAGCUCGAUCGCCGAACCGGCAGCUCGCAACACCCUCUUAGCGCGUCACCCGCGUCUCUCCUACCCCGCUGCGCGCCUCACCGCUUAGCGCCUCACCGCUUAGUGCCUCACCGCUUAACGCCUCACCUUCCCCUUAUUUCCCCCUCUACUCCCCCUCGUUCCAGCCUCUCCUUCCCCUUAUUUCUUCCUCUGCUUCCCCUCGUUCCCCCCUCUCCUUCCCCUUAUUUCCAACUCUACUCCCCCUCGUUCCCCCCUCUCCUUCCCCUUGUUUCCCCUCUGCUCCCCCUCGUUCCCCCUCUCCUUCCCCUUGUUUCCCCCUCUGCUUCCCCUCGUUCCCCCUCUCCUUCCCCUUGUUUCCCCCUCUGCUCCCCCUCGUUCCCCCCUCUCCUUCCCUUGUUUCCCCCUCUGCUCCCCCUCGUUCCCCCUUUUCCUUCCCCUUAUUUCCCCCUCUGCUCCCCCUCGUUCCGCCCUCUCCUUCCCUUAUUUCCCCCUCUGCUCCCCCUCGUUCCCACCUCUCCUUCCCCUUGUUUCCCCUCUGCUUCCCCUCGUUUCCCCCUCUCCUUCCCCUUCUUUCCCCCUCUGCUCCCCUCGUUCCCCCCUCUCCUUCCCCUUGUUUCCCCCUCUGCUCCCCCUCGUUCCCCCCUUUCCUUCCCCUUAUUUCCCCUCUGCUCCCCCUUGUUCCGCCCUCUCCUUCCCUUAUUUCCCCCUCUGCUCCCCCUCGUUCCCACCUCUCCUUCCCCUUGUUUCCCCCUCUGCUUCCCCUCGUUUCCCCCUCUCCUUCCCCUUCUUUCCCCCUCUGCUCCCCCUCGUUCCCCCCUCUCCUUCCCCUUGUUUCCCCCUCUGCUCCCCCUCGUUCCCCCUCUCCUUCCCCUUGUUUCCCCCUCUGCUCCCCCUCGUUCCCCCCUCUCCUUCCCCUUGUUUCCCCCUCUGCUUCCCCUCGUUUCCCCCUCUCCUUCCCCUUCUUUCCCCCUCUGCUCCCCCUCGUUCCCCCCUCUCCUUCCCCUUAUUUCCCCCUCUGCUCCCCCUCGUUACCCCCUCUGCUUCCCCUUAUUUCCCCCUCUUCUUCCCCUCCUUUCCCCUUAUGCUUCACCUCCUUCCCCCCCCUGCAUGCCCUCCUUUCUCCACCUGCUUCCCCUCCUUGCCCCCCAUGCUUCUCUUCGCUUCCCCCCACAUCCCCUGUUUUCCCCUGCUUUCCCCCCCUUGCUUGCUCUCCUUCACCCCCAUGCUUCACCUCCUUACCGCCCCUCCUUCACCUCCUUUCCCUCCCUGCUUCCCCCCUUUUCCCCCACGGCUUCCCUUCCUUUCCCCCCCUGCCUCCUCUCCUUUCCCCCCAUGCUUAUCCUCCCUUUCCCACCUGCUUCCCCUAUUUCUCACCCUCCUUUCGCUCAUUUUCCCCCUCUGCUUGCCGCAAUGCCUCUCCACCCCCUUACAAUCCAAUCAGCUCCUUCGAGUUUGCUUAUUCUCUGUCCUCCCUUUUUACCCUGCUUAUGCUCCCUCCUCCCUUUGCUUACCCUCUCUCUUCCCCUCUACCCUCACCACCAGUACCGUGUUUACCGCCUUCCCUUUCCAUACUGA